AUGGAAAGAUUUAUGGGCAGUCGACCUUCGCUUAUGAUCGCCGAUCCGGAGCUCAUAAAGACGAUGAAUAUAAAGGAUUUCCACGUAUUUGUCAAUAGAAAUGAUUUCACAUUUGGAGAUCCACUGCAAGACCGGUCACUGUUUAACCUGAUUGGAGACGAGUGGAAGACUAUGCGAUCGAUUAUAAGUCCGACGUUUUCGAGCGGAAAGAUGCGAUCAAUGCAUCCCAUUAUCAUUGAUUGUGUCCACAAACUGGUGGAUAAUCUGCGGCCAAAAGCCAUGUCUGGAGAAGACGUGGAGAUGAAGAAAACGAUGGGAAACCUGACGAUGGAUGUGAUCGCUUCGUGUGCUUUCGGCACCAAAAUAGAUGUUUAUAACGACCAAAAAACCAAUGAAUUCAUAGUAAACGCCCGCAAAGUAUUUCGUGGAAACGUAUGGAGGAUAUGGGUCUUCAGUAUACUCCUGAGUAUAUCACAGAAACUGAUCCAUUGGACAGGAUUUCAAUUCACUGAUCCAUCGGCUCAACAAUUCUUUGGUCAAGCGGUUAAGUCGAUUUUGGCGAGACGUAAGUCAGCGAAAGUGCAGCAAAAAGAUUAUCUUCAGCUCAUGAUUAAUGCACUGAACCGGAAGAAUGUGGACAACGAUAAGGAACCAGAAGUGGAUGACUUGAAUGAAGACAUUUAUGGAAAGACUCAGUUGAUUGAAAGUAAUAGUAAUAGCAAACCGGGCAACGGGAUCACUGAUGUCGAUAUACUGGCCACGAGUUUUGCAUUCUUUGUAGCUGGAUAUGAGACUACUGGUGCCCUAUUGUCACUAGUGUUGUACAAUCUGGCGCUCAAUGAGAAGUGUCAGCAAAAACUGUACGAAGAAGUGAAUGGUUUGGACGGAAAGUAUGAUUACGAGAGUGUCUCCAAAAUGCCGUAUUUGGAGGCAUGUAUUGCCGAAACACUUCGACUCUACCCUCCAAUCGCUGCCCUCAAUCGAUACGCUUUA